GGAUGGUUCGACCCGGCGACGGCAAUCGCGGCCUUGUCCGUGACCGGAAGUGAGGCAGAGGACGGGUAGCCGUGGGUGGCGCCUCAGGGAAACUCCGGGAUGGGCGGUUAAUCGCCGGCUUCUCGUCAGAGAGACUCCAGGCAGUGACGUUGGCCUGCUUCAACGGCCUGUCUUUCCUCCUCUGGAGCUUCGGGGGUUCCACAACACCCCUGCGAGAGUUUGGCUUUUCAAUACAUCGCCAUUAAUCCUUUUACAGGAAGGACUUAAUCGUCAUUUGAAAAACACCGGCUUCAUUCUGUCCUUGUAAACCUACAUUAUAAAUAGAAGCGAUCUGAAUUUGGGGCUGCAGCAAUGUCAACUUUCCCCAAAAGUUGCAAUCCUUUUGAUGAUGAUGAUGACUUCAAGCCAGUCAAGUGGAAUGAAGGGGAAGAGCCUCCAAGAGAAGGUCCAGACAGACAAAGAUAUUUACAACAGGAAGUCAUGAGGCUCUCAAAAUCGACUCUAGAUAGCACCAACAACUCACUGUCUCUCAUUUAUGAGUCUGAACAUGUGGGAGUCGCCACAUCAGAGGAACUUGUACGGCAAGGAGAAGCCCUGAAGCGUACUGAACGCAUGGUGGAUAAGAUGGACCAAGAUUUAAAGACGAGCCAGAAACAUAUCAAUAGCAUUAAGAGUGUCUUUGGGGGCUUCGUCAAUUACUUCAAAGCCAAGCCACAAGACAUCAAACCUGAGCAGAAUGGAGCCUCCCAAUAUCAAGGAAGCAACAGAUUAAAAGAAGCAUUAUCCGUCAGUAAAGAGCAGGAGUCCAAGUACCAGGAGACUCAUCCAAAUUUACGGAAGUUGGAAAACUCAGACUUCAGUUCCAGUGGAACCAGUUCAAACAACUCCUCCCAGUCUGAUCAUUACCCCAGGAACCAGCACCUCCGUGCUUACCAUCAGAAAAUUGAUAGCAACUUAGAUGACAUGUCCAGCGGGCUGGGCCGACUGAAAAAUCUCGCUCUUGGCUUGCAAACCGAAAUCGAUGAUCAGGAUGAGAUCCUGCAUCGCCUCACCGGGAAAGUGGAUACCUUGGACAUCAACAUCAAGAGCACAGACAAGCGAAUCAAGGAGGAGCUUUAAAGGAAUCCCGGGGUGUCUCUGGCCUCUGUUUAUCAACUCAAUAUAUUUUAUGCAGCUGGGGGCCUUUUCUUGCCCAGCUGCGUUGGGGAAGUGCUAGAGAAGAGAGGUUGCUAGUCCAUCUUGCCAUGUGAUUAAAAUUGUGAAUAGCCUUAAGUGCAAUCUGAGAAAUUUUAAGCUACUUUCUUUCACGUAUAAUCCAUACAAGCCCUCUGAAGCGUUGUCUUCUGGAACCUUUGAUUUCGGAGGAAACAUCUCAAUUCUGGACAAUGAUUGGAAAAGAUGAUUACACCCUGCCUUUCAGUAUUCCUUUCGCCUUAAUUGUGGCAGGUAUGUGCGUUGCCUACUUCACUUACUGCUCAUGUAUACAUUUUUAUAAAAGGCUAGUAGAAGAAUAAGGUUUCCCUUACAUUUCAAAGCUAGGUUGUGUGAAGAUGCCUCUGGUGCAUACGAUAAAACCUCACCCAAUUGAUAGACUUGAGCUACACCAAUAAAGCAGUCAUUAUCAAGUCAAUGCUUAUUCCAGUCCAAGACUGUAGCAAGUUAAAAACACUUAAGGAAUAUCCAGUUAAAAAUUCUAGAACAAAAUAAUCUAUAUGAAAAAUCACAAUUUGGCAUCCAAUCUAGAAUUUUUAACUGGCUAUUCCUUGAGUGUUUUUAACUUGAUCAGACCUUUGACUGUAAUAAACCUUGACUUGAAGCAGUCAUUUUGGGGAGCGAGGGGGGUCAUUCUCCAAAGUACUUACCUACUUGAUUUGUGCCAGUAGAAUUAAGCCUAGAGUCAGAAAAAAAAAAAGAUUUAGAUGAAGACAUUUAUCCAAGACUUAAAGCUUCAGGAUGGUACGUUGGGUUGGAAUGCUUCCAUGCAAAAAACUGCUGCUUUUGUGGUUUUCUCUAAGCAACCCUUCUCUGUAGCUGCUGGGCCUUGAUGACUCACUAUCUUGUACAAGGUUGUUGCUGCAGGUCUUAUUUUAAAAAUAAUAUUGGAAAAGAAACUUACGUGGGAGAGGCACUCUUGACUUUCCACUCAACUGGUUCCAACGGACACCUUUCAACACGGUUAAAUUUUACCCGUGAGAUCUGUCUUGUGCUUCUAUGCCCAGGUUAGUUUGGGAUUGUUUGAUAUGUGGCGUAAGUAUCACAUGGCUUUCUUCCCUGAUGAAUGAAAGGCUCAUUUCUGAAAAUAGUCUUUCUCCUUCUGGUUGACAUUUUAUUCCUGCAAUGUAACUUCUCUUUUUUGUGUGUAAGUUCUACAUUAUCUGUGUAUACUUGAUAGGAAAAUUCCCAUUUUCUUGUAAGUGUCUUCAGUAAAUCAUUACAAUGAGGAGUUUUGGAAACAGCAUUUAUUAAAACAAUUGUUUCUCUCCCAUGUUGCUAUUUAUUAGAUACCAGCUGGAAACUUGGUUGUUUCUAUGUCGAUAUCUCUUCAAAUUGACUUUGGCUUUAAUUCCUAAUUCCUUUGCAGUUUGGCAGAAGCCUAUUAUGGCAGUGUCUAAGCACAUCAAAUAAUUACCGUAGUUCUUUAAUCCACUUCUGUUUGUAGCCAAGAUAAAAUUUCAACAGCUAACACACUGCCACAAUCGUGAGAAAUAUUUUUGCCUUCUGUCAAAGUAUCUUAUUUGGGAACAGUGAAGGCAAUUUUUCCAAUUAUUUCUUCCUUGGGAUCUUGGACGCUGAUGGUUUUAACAUUGAAAUAUUACUUUCAACUAGGGGAGAAGAACGCACUUAUCCUAUUCUCCUUGUCCUUCCUGUGGAGCUAAUUUAAAUCUUAAACAUUUAAUAAGCAAGAAGACUGCAUAAAAGUGCAUAGGAAAAAUAGCUGUGAAUGAUCCAUUUCGGUGAAAUAGCUAAGAUACUCGCUUCUCAUGUUUUUCUAGGAAAGCAGUUUUUCAUUGAGAAACUUUGAGAAAGCACCCUGUUGCUCUGUUUUAAACACUUUGCCCACUGUAGUGGGGUGCAAUGUUUGUUUUUU